GGACCGAAGGGAUUUGUUCGGUUUGCAGACAGAGCGAUGACUUUUCAGGGAGAGAGACUCGCCAAAACAUUUAUCUGUCAUCGUUUUACUAUGUCAAAGAUCAAUGCAGACUUUUGAACCUUUUGAAACAACAACCAGGAAGCUAAAAGCUGUGAUAGGGUAGAAAAUGACAAGGAAGAGAAAAAGUGGCAAGAAAGGGAAGCCAUUGGCACAGAAGAAGGAGGCCCAAAAAAGAGGUGGUAGCACAUCUUCAUCCACAACACAAAAGGAGGGGGCUCAAAAAGGAGAUGGGAGCUCAUCAUCAUCCACGACACAGAAGGAUGGGGCUCAAAAAAGAGAUGACAGCACAUCAUCAUCAUCUACAGCACAGAAGGAGGAGGGCCAAAAAAGUGAUGGGAGCACAUCAUCAUCCACAACAAAUAAGGAGGGAGCUCAAAAAAGAGAUGGGAGCACAUCUUCCAGAUUGCAGAAAAAGGGGCCCCAAAAAAGAAAAGGUAGCACAUCUUCAUCUAGAGCACAUUCACGGAGUCGAUCAAAAAGCAAGCAAACUAGUUACCCAAGCCAGGCCAGAUCCAGAAGCCAUGGCCAGCACAACAUAAGCACAACUGAGUCUGGGCCACUCAGCAAAGAGGCUCAAACUCAAACAAGCGCAAGUUUGUUGGUGGACAAGGACACUCAGACCGAGACUGUCGGUCAAGCAUCACAGCAGACACAAACAGAGAUCAAUGGCAACACAGAGACAGCAGAAGUUUCACAGCCUCCACAGCUCAGUCAUGAAGAUGUUGAGAUGGAGGGUACUGUGCAGCCAAGGACAAAAGGGAGUGAAAGUGAUGGGGAAAAGGAGGAAAGUGUAAAGAGGAAGAAACGGAAAUUGAGUGAAAUUGGGGAACCUGCAAAGGAGACAGAAGAUAGCACCAAACUAUCACAUGAAUGUGAGGAAAAAGUUGGUGAUAAUCAAAAGAAUGAAGACACAAAUAAACAUUAUGGAGGAGAUUCACUGAAAGACCUUAAGUCAGUAACAGAAGAGCCAAAAUCAUACGCAGCAGCUGCCGCAACAGGGAAGACAGGCAAAGUGUCUAAGGAGCAGACGAAUCAGAUAGAAGCAAAUCAGGACAGCACAAUGGAAAGCAAAAGUACUCAGAGAAAACCUUCUCCAGUGAGGGCUCCAGCUGGACCGCCAAUGCUGACGUUUUACAUCUAUGCAGUUUUGGACAAACGAUUCAGAUUUAAUGAACAAUAUGACUCCCUUUUCCUUGAUUAUGGGAAUGGAAACAUUAAACUUCAGAUGAAACAUUUCAACAGUAUAGGAAAGGAUGGCUAUUUGAUUGAGGCAACAUUUUCAGUCGAGGACAGUGCAGUGAGAGGUGGCACAAUUCAAUAUAAAUAUGUGGUGCAGCAGAGGCAAAAUCAGAAGUCAGAAAUAGCAGUGAGAUACAUUGAGGUCCCUUCUUACACUACAGAGAAAGAAUUCCACCUUUAUGAAGGCUAUAUAAGCUGUUCAAGCACAGUCUCAAUUACAGAAUGGAUGAUGAGCUUGUUUCAUUCUGAACAAAAAGCAGUUUACAAAGGCUGGGAGACUUCUGCGCAUGUGUUACUGGACAGAAUUUUUCUUAAAUGGCACCCAUCUAAUGAGGAGAGCAACAUGACAUUUGUGCAACACUUAAGAAGUUACAAAAAUGCUUUUGAGUCAGGCUUCGUGGAGUUUCCAGGAAAUUAUACUCCAUUUCCUAUAAAAGUCUCAGAGCUCAUUUCUGCUAAACUAAGAAUGAUUUUAAAAAAAGAAUCAGAAGCUCUUAGGACAUCAGAGAGCUUAGAUGGGGUCAAAUCAGAGGCACUAUCAGUGGCCCUAUCAGUGUUCAAGGUGUGCUGUGGCUGUGAUGUCGAUCUCAGCUUAAAGGACUGGGGCAAACUCUGCCAAGUUGUCUCUGAAUGCAUGGGUUCCUUUGGAGAAAUUCAAACAACCCAAACUGCCCCAUUUAUCAACACAGUGACAGGACUGAUGAACCUAUGUGCAAAGAAGCUCAUCACAGAAGUGGUGUUACUUGUUCCUGUCCUUCAUUUACUGAGAAAUUCAGAAGUAAAUGAAGCAGGUCCAGGCUCAUCUAUGGAUGAACAGAGAUGGACAGGGCUUGAAAACAUAUCAUAUCAAUCUUUUAGGGAAAGAAUCAGAGGACUCCCAGACAAAAGGAGGAUGAUCCUUAAGCUGAUCAAAGAUAACUUGCCAAUGACCAAAGACAACCCUAAAUUGUUGAAAAGCUGGCUUUCCUUGGUGGCAUUUGAGGAUGUUUCUGAGUUUGUCCAGUUGACUGGUAGCUUUCCUGAACUCCUGAUCCAAAGUCUAAUGUGCAGAAUCAUAGAGGCAGAAAAAAACACUGAUGCCAAUCGCACAGAAAAAAACCUUGAGGUAACUGGAAAGGUCCUGAACCUCUUGUUGAAGAGCAUCAAGAAAGACAGAGAAAGAAUCAUGAAGACUGAGCAAUUGAAAUUAAUCCUUCAGUGUUGCUGUAAUGUUCACAAGAGUGUUUGCAAGACUGCUCGGCUUGUCCCACAAUACAAAGUCACAGUGCUCUCUUUCCAGCUUCUCCUUAAAAUGGCUGAAAUUGUUUAUGAUGGGUUUUUUAAGGGUGGAGAGCAAAUGAAACAACAUCAAAAUGAGGUUUUGUCCAAACUCAACAUCAUUCAAGAGGAUUUCAGGAAAUGGAGAGUUGAGCUCCUCUUAAAACCUCUGAUGCAGACCACUGGAUUCACUUACCCUCGAGAAAUGGAGUUGUGGAAUGAUUUGUAUGGGAUUGAGAGUUCAAUUCCAGGUGUCACUGAAAGAUGGAAGGGUUUUUUAGAUCAUGACCUGAGACGGAGGAUAUCCCAGAUUUCUGACACUGACAAGAUUGUUGUGUAUGUCCUGGUCACGUCAGCAAAGGCUGUUGAGAAUAGUCAUGCAAACAUUCAGUCUUGUUUGAAAGAGUUGUGUGAGGCUGCCAUUAAGAACCAAUGUCAGUCAAAGAAGGAAGGAACGCUUUUAUGCCAUCUUUUUUCCAAGACCAUUUCAUGGCCAGUUCUGUCCUCCAUUAUUGUGGAGUCAGCGGCUUGCUUUGGAGAGGAUCAUAAAGGUCGUCUGCUUGACCCACAAUCAGCAAUCAACUUCUUUUUGUCUCAAGACAAGUGGAAUGAGUGGAAGUUAGAAGAUGGUGCCAGUCAAUUAAUUGCAGAGAGUCAGUCGUUCUUGGGUCGUCUCAUUCAGACCCUAUGCCAAGGAAGCAUACCCUUGGGCCAUCUUAAGACAAUCUUUAAAUAUAAGACACAAUUUCAGAAGCUUUACAACCAGUAUAAGAACAACAACAAAGAAAUGAAUGUUUCAAUCAGUGUAUCAGAUCUACUCAGUCAAAGAGAAGAUGACUUGAAAGCCUUUGAACAACAGAAGGGGUACAUGACCAACCUUAUUAAUAUGCUGGGAAAGAUUUCUGAUGUCAUAAAUGUACCAGAGCUUUCGUCCCUUGAAGAAAUUGCCAAAACCAACGUGCAGGAGGUCGCACUGGACAAGCUGGUUGAAGUGGAAACCUAUUUUUCUAAAGAUGAUCUUAAGAAAAACAACACAAGGCGAGUGUUAUUCUACAGUGAUGAUCAGCAAGUCCAAGACAUGGCACGGGAGAUGCAUGACGUAAACUCCAGCAACCUCAUUUUAAGUUUUUGGCAAGAAAAAGCAAAAGAUUAUUUUAUGGCUGGUCCUGAGCUUUUGUCACUAGAUCUUACAGAAAUCUAUGAAGAUAUCUGGACACCAUGUCUCACUAAAUUCCUCAACUUUGGUAAUCGGAUUGCUGUUGGACAAGCAUGCUUUAAAGAGGUGGAAGAGGCUUUGGUAGGGUGUGGGGAGACAGGUGAAGGAGAUCGUUUGAAGAAAGAGUUUAUGUUGAUGGCCACUAUGCUGGACGGCCAUAAUGAGAACUGGCCAGAGCAACGUCUAAAGCAGAUUCGGGAAUACAGAUGCCUUUAUGAUGCAGCAGAAUCUGCUGAGGUCAUACUGAAAUUAAAAGAUAGGUUGGGAUUACAAGGAGAUUUCAGCCAUAUACAUAGCUUGACUCUAGUGAGAGACGACUCAUUUAAACAAAACACUCUGGGUUCACUGAGUGAGGAUCUCAUUAAAGCGAGGCAAAAGCUGGCAGAUGUUGAACGCCGACACACUGCCUGUCUUGAGGCAUUCUUAAAAAGUGAUACACUAAUUAAAUGGAUCAAAGCAGAAAUUCCAAGUUUAAAGGAAUUGAAAGUCUUUAUGGAACUGGCCACAAUUUCUGCUGGAGAGAAUGAUGCAGACAUUGAUAGGUUGGCUAGUUUUGAGACUGCUGUGAUGGGCUAUGCGCCUUUGCUUUAUUCACUACCACAAAAUGUAGGAUUUGAAGAGUUUUUUGACUAUGCUAAGCAAGUAUUGGACACCCUUAACAAAGAUGAGAAACUCGGGGAUAAACUGGUAGACUCCAAUCGGUGGUUGGAUUGGCUUAAAGGUUUAAGGGAAACUCAUGGCUCUGUUGAACAGUCGUCUUUAUCUUUGGCCUCAGCUAUCAACACUGGAGGCGUGUACCAUGUAGGCUGGCCUGAUGAUUUCAAUGGAAAAACUGGUUUGGACAACAUCUUUUACGUGAAGGUGACCAAAAACAAUGAAGAAAAGACAUAUCGUCUUAAUGAACUCUUAGAGCUGCAGAAUAAACUCAUGCUGAUGUCAUCUAAAGGAGAGAAGGGAAAGGAGCAAGUCAUCAAGUUUACUCAGGUUUUUGAAGGUAUUCAGCGCAUGGGCCGCAUCCUCCUGCAGUUGCACAGAUCGGGUAACAUGCUCUUCAGAAACUGGGCAGCAGAGAUAACGUGCAACCACCAAAAUCAACCCUGCAUUCAAGUGAAAUUUCCCUUAUUAAGUAAGUGUAUUGUAUAUCAGGGUGAAGUCGAGGAGGAGCUUCAGAAGCUGAGUCGCUCCCUGGAGGACUUCCAUAAAGAUUGGUGUAACCACUUAACCAAGAUGCGCUCCCAGUACUAUCCACUGAAUCAUUACUCUUCAGAGCAAAUUGUCUAUCUUUGCGAAUGGAUCAACAGCAUUAACAUCAAAAAGAAACCUGUUCCACAACAAGUAUGGCACCUUUUGACUCCUAUCAAACCAGACUGCAUGUUAAAUGACAUCAAAGAGGCUUUUGAAAUAGCAACAGAGCCACAAUCUAUUUUGCAAGAGGAUACAGCAGAGGAAUUAGGACCAAACAGUGAUUUUGACCUGCCUUUGAGCUUCAGUUUACUAGAUGUCAGCACCGAAUGCUUGGAGGACCUGUGGAAGCAAUUUAAGGAGAACAUGUCUGGAUUCCUUACCCACCAUGUAGAUGUUGAGACACUUGGACGAUUCCUCUCCAAUCUCUCCAACAUGAAUCAACUGCACAUCAAACGAAAGAUUCCUUCUUUUCUACAAGAGGGAAGGCCAAAUCUUGUCCAAUGCCCUGCUGCUGAAUUAAUGAGCACCACUCUUUCUUUUUACAUGGAGAGUCCAGAAAAUCCUCUUCCAACAACUGAUGAGGUAUUAAUGUGCCAGGAGGAAACAACUGAAGAGGAGGUGGAGAUCUUCCUUCGCCGAUGCCUUGGAGGUGCUGCAAGCAAUCAUAAGAAGAUCUACACUCUGGUCAAUCCAGGAUCAAUGAGUUAUGAUGUGAGCGUGGCAUUGGUGGAAUACUUUGAGACCCAGGAAGUGUGUGCUGGUCCUUAUUACCGGCUAGUGAUGGUCUGUCCUGUUAACCAGGAUAGAUAUAUUCCUUCAUUCUUUAGCAACUAUAAGGUGCAAACUGGUAUAACUAUAUCUGCAGAAAGAAGUCAAAAGUACAUUCGUCAUCACUUUAAAAUAUCUUACGAGCUUGCCACCCACUCAAGUGUCUAUCCGGAAAGGUUGUCCGUCUGGAUGAUUGCAUCAAAACGUCCAGCUGUUGGAAAAUCUCUGUAUGUGAGACGCCUUUUUGAGAAGUUCAAAGGGGAGUUUCCAAGAGCCACACUUCUAACAAUCAGGCUCAUCGAUCCUUACAUUGACAUGGAUGGAUUUGUCCAAACUCUGUCCGAGAGACUGGCUCCACUGAGACAGCAGGACCCUGUGCUGUUACACAUUGACGUUGCAGCUGUAUGUCAUGGCUUGGAGGAAUUCCUGUUCAAAUUGCUCAUUCUAGAAUGUAUUAGUGACAGCAAGGGAACUAUAUGGAGGAGAAAUAAAGCUCAUUUGGUGGUGAUUGAAACACUUCAGCGAGGUCACAAGACUCAAACAAAAAUGGAGCCUUCACAUGGAUUUUUGAAUACAUUACCUACUAUCUUCUGCAGGCCUCCUAAAGACAUCAAAGAGAUCAUGAAAACAAACGAGAGCUUUAGAUCAUUGGAUCCACUAAUGGAUAAAGAAGAGUUUGAAAGUGAAGACAUUCAGAGACCCUACCAAUACCUCAGGCGGUUUAACAGGAGUAUGAACUUGGAUAGAUUUACAUAUCAAGCUCAUUCUGUAGAAGGGGAUCCAGUUGAUUGUCUCCAUCAUCUUUUGUCAAACUAUGGCUUGAAGGACCCAUCCUGGGCUGAACUUAAGCACUUUACUUGGUUUCUUAACCUGCAGCUUAAAGACUGUGAGAAAUCUUUGUUCUGUGAUUCAGACUUUUGUGGGGAGACCUUAAGUGGCUUCAAAGACUUCAUAGUAAAAUUCAUGAUUCACAUGGCUCGAGAUUUUGCCUCACCUUCCAUUGACAUCUCUGACCAGAGCCCCUCCUUUUUCUCUAAGAAUGAAGAUGAGGAAGAAAUCCUGUCUUUCCGAAAACGAUGGGAAAAUGAGUCUCACCCAUACAUAUUUUUCAAUGCAGAUCACGUAAGCAUGUCUUUCUUAGGAUUUCAUGUGAAACAAAAUGGGACAAUUCUUAAUGCGGUUGAUUCAAAAAGUGGCAAAGUGCUAAUGAGAAAUGUGAUGACACAAGAGCUAUUUUCAGACAUUCAACGACAAAUGAUCAAUCUGUCAAAGGACUUUGAUGACCUGACCAGAGAGGACAAGUUACAAAAAAUGUCCUUUGUUGUUGGUGCCGAAAAAGGAUGUGAAAAAGGCAAGUUUGAUCCAGAUCCUACAUAUGAGUUAACCACUGACAAUGUCAUGAAGAUGCUGGCUAUACAUAUGAGAUUCAGAUGUGAAAUUCCUGUUAUCAUCAUGGGGGAAACUGGCUGUGGAAAGACUCGGCUUGUUCGCUUUCUAUGUGAUCUACAACGCGAAGGCAGAGAUGUUGAAAACAUGAAGCUAGUCAAAGUUCAUGGCGGUACAACUUCAGAGACCAUCUAUAAGAAGGUUCGGGAAGCAGAGGAACUUGCUCAGAAAAAUCGUCAAAAAUAUAAACUUGACACAGUUUUGUUUUUUGAUGAAGCCAACACAACCGAAGCAAUCUUUGCCAUCAAAGAAGUACUAUGUGACAAAACUGUAAAAGGAUACCCUUUGAAGAAAAACUCUGGUCUGAAAAUAAUUGCUGCCUGCAAUCCAUACAGAAGACACACGACAAAGAUGGUUGAUCGCUUAGAGCGAGCCGGUCUAGGAUACAGAGUAAAAGCUGAGGAAACUGAGGAUCGCCUUGGUAAAGUCCCCAUGAGACAGCUUGUGUACCGUGUGCACCCUUUACCCCCGAGCAUGGUGCCUCUGGUGUGGGAUUUUGGACAAUUAAGCGAUUCAACUGAACUCUCUUACAUUCGACAGAUUGUGAAAAAAAAGAUGAGAGAUCAUAGAUUGCCUCUUUCAUGCCAGAAUGUGAUCACGAAUGUUUUGGCUGCAUCUCAGAAAUACAUGCGCAACCAAGCAGAUGAAUGCAGCUUUGUAAGCCUUAGAGAUGUGGAGAGAUCAAUGGGUGUCCUUCUUUGGUUUUACAACCACAGAGACAUUUUUUUUCCAUCCCAAGAUUUUCCGAGAUUUGAAAAUGUGCAGAUGGUCUUGAAAUGCUUGGUGCUUGCAGUUGGUGUUUGCUAUUACCCAUCUCUUGAAAACAAAAGACCAUACCUAGCGACUAUCAGCAAAUGCUUUCCUGAUCAGUUCAACUCUGAAGAGUCUCUGGAGCAGGAGAUAGCUUCAUGCCAAGACUUUUUACUUAAGAACAUUCAAACAAGAGAAACGAUUGCCAAAAAUAUGGCUUUGAAAGAGAAUGUGUUCCUUAUGGUGGUCUGCAUUGAGUUGAGGAUUCCACUCUUUCUGGUUGGCAAACCUGGGAGCUCUAAAUCUCUUGCUAAGACUGUCAUAGCAGAUGCAAUGCAACGCCAGGCUUCACACUGUGAUUUAUUCAAGAAACUCAAGGAGGUUCACAUGGUGUCUUUUCAAUGCAGCCCUCACUCAAGCCCUGAAGGAAUCAUCGGAACCUUCCGAAACUGUGCUCGUUUCCAAAAGGAUAAGAACUUAGAUGAGUAUGUGUCAGUAGUCGUACUGGAUGAAAUAGGACUUGCAGAGGACUCGCCACAGAUGCCACUGAAGACAUUGCAUCCUCUUCUUGAGGAUGGAUGCAUAGACAGUGACAACCCAGAGUCAUACAUGAAAGUUGGGUUUGUUGGAAUCUCAAACUGGGCUCUCGAUCCAGCAAAAAUGAACAGAGGUAUUUUUGUGUCACGUUGGGACCCGAGUGAAAAAGACUUAGUAGAGACAGCCGAAGGUAUCUGCUCAUCCUCCCAACCUGUUCUUCUCAAAAUAAAGCACCUACUGUCAAAGUUGGCAAAAUGUUUUCUGAGCAUCUGUAAAACUGACAGUGAACAAUUCUUUGGACUCAGAGAUUAUUAUGGCUUGAUAAAAAUGCUUUUUGACACAGUCAAAUGUUCAGAUCAGGAGCCAUCUGACAAAGAGUUGGCAGAGGCAGUGUUGAGAAACUUCAGUGGACAAAGGGAUGGAUUUGAUCCACUUGAUUACUUCAAGGACAUCUUCCAAAACAUUCAAAAUGUCCAAAGGCCAAACACAUUGAACAUGAUUGAACAGAAUCUCGACCACCACAUUGACAAAGAAUGCCGAUACCUUCUUUUGCUCACAACUAACAAUGCUGCCUUGUACAUUAUCCAACACCAUAUUUUCUCAAAGGAGAAUUAUACACAGAAAUGCCCAGAAAUUGUCUUUGGAUCAGGGUUUCCCAAAGAUCAGGAGUAUGCCCAGAUAUGUCGCAAUGUGAGCAGAAUCAAGGCGUGCAUGGAGACAGGUCGAACUGUAAUCCUGUUGAAUCUCCUUAAUCUCUAUGAGAGCCUGUAUGAUGCCUUGAAUCAAUACUAUGUCUACUUCAGUGGGCAGCAGUAUGUUGACUUGGGACUAGGUUCACAUAGAGUAAAGUGUCGAGUUCACAGAGACUUCAGACUUGUUGUGGUGGAAGACCAGGAAAAGGUCUACAAAAAGUUUCCUGUUCCUCUUAAGAACAGACUGGAAAAACACAAAGUUGAUAGGAGUACAGAUUUGGCUCCUUGGCAACACAGAGUUUUGGAAAAACUCAAAAAGUGGGCGCGGGAGUUUUCAAAAAUCCAGCAUUCUGAUUCAAGUGAAGCCAAUUUUAGCGUAACCGAUGCAUUUGUUGGCUUCCAUGGUGAUGCUUGUGCUAGUGCACUCCUGCAGGCUUUAAAGAAAAUUGACAAAUUGCAUCAUAAUAAAGAGGAAAAUAGAGAAGAAAGUGAAGCUCAUCACAUUGACAGAGAAUUUACUGAGUUUCAAGAGAAAGUUAACAAAUUCCCUGAUGAGGCACAAGAAGAUGAUGCUUCUAUGGAAGUUGACAAGGUACAAGAUGCAGAGAUUGAUGAAGAAAUGGAGACUCUUGAAGAUGAUUCUGAUCUUGUGAAAAUGGUUGAAGGUCCUGUUUUUGUUGAGACAAGAGACAAAAUUGAGUCAAACAAAACCAUGGAUGAGGAGGAAGUCUAUGAAAUUGCCAAAAGCUUUCUCUUGAAUUGUUCUACACCAGACUCUGUUCUUAGGUUGAAGUAUUCAGAAUUUGGAAAUCAGGAGACAGAAGAACUUCAGAAAAUGUAUUUCCAUCUGCAAACCCAUCAGUCUCUUAGAGACCUGUUAAACAACCAUCUGAACAAAACUAAUCAGGACAAGAACAGAUUCUUAGAGGUAACAACAUUCUCCAAUCUUCUCACUGGAGCUGAUGUGAGAAACCUUGGUCCAGCCUUGGGCUUGUCCACUGAGCGUUUUCUUCUGCUCUCUUUACACCAGUUUGACACAGAGGCUUCAUUCUGCAACAAGAUACAGUCCUUCCUGAGGGAAUCAGGGCCCUCAGUGCACAUUCUUCUGAUUCAGAUGGACAUGGAAGAGUCACUAUGCAAAAAUGAACUCAUUGCUUCAGCAAAGUACUGUACCAUGAAUGAAAUAUUGCACUUAAAAUCAGAUGAGUGCAAUAUCUACACUGUGUUCAUUACAAAACUCUCCAGAAUUGGAGAGCAAUGUACUUCAAUUACUGGCGACAAGUACAUUGGCUUUCAAGGAGGAGUUUGGCUGUCUGCACAUAUUGAUGACCUUAGAGAUUCUGAUGACUUGUGCUUAAACCUUAAAGCUUUUUGUGGAAUACCUAUAAGUCAACUAAUUUCACAGACAAUCGAGUCAGAUGUCAAAGAGUCGGAUGAAAUGAAUACAAAUAGACAACAAAGUGAAAAGGGUGAUUCAGUGCAUCUGCACAGUUUGUCCCUAUUGAGAUCCUGUACCCAGAAAGCUGUUUCAUUGCUAAGAGAUACAGAUGAAAAGACCUCCAGGAGUAUGGAGCGCAUGAACAUAUUGCUUGGGCUUUUGGCAUGUGACCCUGGGCGGACAGGAGCACGUUUCCAACAAGUGUUGCUAAAGAGACUGGUAUUUGCAUUGAUUCAGAAGGAAGAACUGAUUCCUAAUGCAAAAGACUGGGUUUAUAAAGUGGCAAAGAAUCAUGAAGCUCUGCAAGAAUGUGGAACACUGAGGCACACUUUGUGGCGCUACUUACAGGAUUUUUUGACCCCAGUGUUGGCCCGAAUAUUAGAAGUGAUAGACAGGGAUUGCAACUUGUACCAACUGUAUGGUGAAGGUCUCAGUGAGGGUCUGACCCAAUUCUGGCUGGAUAUUUUUGAAGAUCAACAACUCCUUGACCUAAUUCCAUCACAAAAUACAAGAGCUCCAGACCAGGAGAUUAAUGUGCAGUGUCACCUAUUUGUUGGAGAAGUUGAACAACCUUGUGCUGCUCCUUACAGCUGGCUAAUAAAAACAUACUGUCAGAGUUUAUGGGAGGAAUCUGAGUUUGUGCGAAGCUCUGAGCAAGACAUUAAAGCCAGGAUUCAACAGUUUGUUAGCGCUGUAUCAGGCAGUAGACUUGGCAGCUAUAUUCAGAAACUCUCAGAUGUGGAGAAUGUAGAGUUGGGUCAACGCUACUUGACAGAUUAUGUUCUUCUAGCAUUCAAAGUCAACUCUGAGGACGAGCAUUGGGUACUUCAAUCAGCAGUACUAGGUUGCGUGUUUACUCUGCAGACAAUGAUGUCAGUAUCUCCUGAACUCUCUCCAUCAUGGAUCCAUGCAGCAGCCCAAAUUUACAAUCCACGCAUGGACACAUUAUCACAUGUCCUUCAGCUCAACCCUCAGCUGGUCAGUCUGAUCCAGCAAGAAAGACCAAAGAGGGAAAGCCCUGAUAUGUGUGAAGACAUUCUAGCUGUUGGCAUCUGUGUUGAAGAAACAAAGCUCCUACCUGUAACAUCACUAACUGAAUGCUUGACCUUCUUGCAAAGAGUUGAACAGCUUCAACCAUGUAUAGAGAGAGUGCUCAGUCCAGACUACAGCGCCCUCUGCAGCCCUGGCUGUCUUAAAUACCUGGAGACUAUACAGUCAGUGUGGCAGGGUAUACUCCUAGUGGCUGUUUUUAUUGAGAAGGUUGUCAUCAAGAUGAAAAAAGGAGAUGAACGGAUAAUAGCACUAACUCUGAAACACUGCAGUCAGUUACAUGGGCUAGUGGAAGGGUCUCCUGAUUUCAGGAGCAAAGACAAUCUUCAGCAAAUCAUUCGCAUACUCAAUGAUUACCAUGAGGAGUCCAUCAGCAGCGAACUGCGAUAUGGUGUGAAGUGCCGCGUGUGUCUGAUGGAGCUGUCAGAGCCCUUUGCUCUUCCUUGUGAGCAUGUGUUUUGUCGGUCCUGUCUGAGGAGGUCCAUGGAGAGAGAAGAAGCACAGCAUUGUCCCGUGUGCAGAGAACCUCUGUCAAACAAUUACCAACCAACUGUCUCCACAACCCUAAAGUGA